GAGGUAAGUGGCCGUUAUGAGGAGGUAGGGGUGUAACAUGACACCUGUUGUGUUGCUCGGGGUGCAACAUUUUGUUUCAAAAGGUGCUUAUUUAAGCAUAUAUAAAUAAAAAUGUGUCAACAAAACAGAAACGUAGCAGAAACAGAGACAAAGAUCAACGGGGCUCGGGAUAGAUAAAGUCUGGCGACCUUUUACAGUAAAAAAUUGGGGUUUUUGAAUACACCGUUCGUCAAGUCGUUGAUUAUCUGGCCGUUGGAGCUCGUUGUCGAGAGGCUAUUUUGGCAGUUGGGACGUGUUUUAGUGGCUGUUGCCGCUGUGGAGAGGAGGCCGUUGUAGAGGGGUUAAAAUAAACUUAAGUGAGGGUAUGGACUGUCCGCCGGGACUGAAAAAUGUGGCCUCUGUAGAGAGAUGGCCGUUAGUGGAGGUUCGACUGUAUAUUGUAGGUCAAAGGCCUGACUUCAUCUCAUUAUUCAAAAUUAUCGGCUCAUUAGCCUCGAGAAGCACACAUGCAUUUUAUUUAACGCGCAGUUCAUAAACACAAAGACUGCUGACAUCAAUUUUUUUUUACAAGUAACAUGCUCAGAAAAAAAGAAAUAUAGUGCUCGAGGUGCUGAAAAUAACAUCAGACAUUACCGAUCCUAAAGGACGAUUUAGUUAUAAUCUUUGCUCUGCUAAAACAAGAACCAAGUCAGAACUGGGAAUCACAAAGUCGAAAUACCAUAAUGCUUAACACUCUUAAGUCUUGAAUAUUUUUACCUACCUAUCUCGGAUACCGAUUGUUUUGCCUUUAGGGACACUUAACACUUUAGGGACUCGAAAGGCUUUAUGUAUUCUUUGUUUUUGUAUCUGGCUUUCUUUAAAUGCCCCAUGCAAGAAAGCAUGGGAUGAGUAAACUCCACAGACCACUGGGUACAUUCUGUUAGCGAUCGAGAAAUAUACUUGGUGUCUUUGGUUUUUCCAGAAUGUUUACAAUAAAUCCACGAUUAUUUAAGAGCACUUUGAUGAGAAAUGUGAUAUUAAGUCAUGAAUUAAUUCAGUGCUUUAGUUAUUGUUCCUCAACUGAAUAUUGGACAAAAACUAGUUCGAGACGUCGGGAUUUCGAGAUAGCCGAUAGUAUGUGACCGAACAAGUAUAUUCAAGGGAAAAUGAUUUGAAUUCGAUAUAGCUUAAAGUACAAAGUAGUGACGUUCCACUGUAUUCCAUGGUAUUCAAUAUGAUUCCUUGUAUUUUGAAUAAAGCUGAUGAUAUGAAUAAAGAUGAUGAAGAUGAAAGCCGUGACGCCGUCAAAAGAGGCACGUGAUGCUCCAGACCUUGCGAUGUAAAUAGUGCUAGUAUUUGUCUGAAUACAUCCUGAAAUCUCUCUAUAAAAUACAUGGCUGAACUGUGGGUAAGGUCAUCUCCAUGAACUGAAAGUUCACUUCCAAAAACAUCAGGGAGCAAAAAUGAAACUUCUAUUGUGCAGUGGACUACAAUAAUAGACGGCCAUACACUCCCAGGAAUGGCGUCACAGGAAGAUAAGACGAACAUUCUGGGAAAUCCAUCGACUGGUGAUGUGCGCUAUGGUUCACUAGGUCCUAUUCAUCAAGGCAAUUUCACAGUUUACAAGCGCAGAUGGUAUAUUCUUCUAAUUUUUUGCAUCUGUAGUGCGACCAACGCGUUGAAAUGGAACACUUGGGGUCCAAUACAAGGUACAUGUCAAGUUGUGUUUGGCUGGAGUAACACGACCAUCACCAUGUUGGUUACCUGGAGCCCAAUUGUUUCUGUCGUCGUUUUCUUGCCGAUGUCAUGGUUGAUGGAUGUUAAAGGGUUGAGAGCAUCAGUCCUCCUUCUGGCAAUUGUUGAUUUCAUAGCAGCAGGACUGCAGGCAAUUCCACUGUCUAAUCUGCAAAUACAAACGUGGUUGGUUCACCUCGGGGCUAUCUUCAAUAGUAUAGGUGCCCCCGUCGCCAUGGCAUUAGGCCCCCUUAUCUCCGCAGUAUGGUUCCCACCUCACCAGCGAGCAACUUCGACUGCAAUUGCCUCACUGGCUCCCUAUGUCGGAACAGGACUGGCAUUCAUCAUUGGUCCACUGUUAGUCCCAGAUGUGGGUAAUCGUAGUAGUAGCAUUGGUAAAAGCAUUGACUACAUCAAACUUCGUAACAAUAUGAGCCACAAACAGUUAAUGUAUCUCAAAGAGCAAGUCAUGCAUCUGAUGUACAUCGAGUUUGCAGCAGCGGCAUUGAUUUUACUAGUUAUUAUUGUGUAUUUUCCAACUAAACCUAAAUUCCCACCAAGUGUCACUGCAACAGUCCACCGCCUGAAUUUUAAACAUGGCUUCAAGCGUCUUUUGCACAACAAGCAGUUCUGGUUGGUGCUGUUUAUUAAUGGAAUUGCCCUGGGUGUCUGGUUUGGCUUGAUGUCCAUCCUAGAUUUGAACUUGUCUCAGUUUGGUAUUAGAGAAAAAACUGCUGGCUGGCUUGGAUUUGGUGCCUCAAUGGCUGGAAUAGCAGCAGGAAUUUCUCUGUCCAUCCUAGCAGAUCAUGUAUCCAGACGCAUGAAGACGAUACAGCUUGUCCUCCUUUUGGGUGCCACCGUAUCUCUUGCGUUAUUCUCUUUCAUGUGCGCGGGAAUCAUCCCAUACCGCAAAGUUGUUCUGUUCUUGACCUUCAUCCUUGGAGGAUUCUUCACUAGUGGAAGCAUUCCACUGUUUUUUGAGAUGGCAGUGGAGACUGCUUACCCUGUGGCGGAAGGAAUCACAUCUUGUGUCUUAACAAUUUCUUGCAAAUUUCCACUCCUGUUUUUUUACAUAUUUCCGUUACUUCCCAAGUUUGGUUUGAAGUGGAUUAACUGGUGUACGUUUGCAACCUACGCUGUUUGCACUCUGUUGCUCGCGUUAUGGCAAGAGAGAUAUUAUCGCUCAGAAGUAGAUGAUCAAGGAGAAACGGAUCAAGUUAGAUCAAACAGUAUUUCGUAGUGAAGAUAUAUUCAUCUCGGGCGACAUCCUCGGCGAAUAACAUAGCCCUUGCUUACAAAAAUUGCUGCUCACACUCCUAACAUAAUGGGCGGUCACCUUCAUUCAAGAGAGAACGUGUGGGGUACAUGUAGGUCCGGCCACGUUGGUGGGUCGCCAUUCAGGCUAUUCAAAAAUUGCAGCUGUGUAUACGCGAGCUCCAUAAGUUUAGUUUAUUUUUAAUUUUUUUUAAUAAUUUCGAGUUUUUAAAGUCGCGUAACAGUGAACAUCGAUCUUUUGAUAUUCUAGGAAAUUGAAUUAUCCUGUAAUAUUUCUAAAUCUAUUUUGGAAACUAUGGAGAAACGAGGAAAUGUCGCCAUUUUAUAGACGAAUCCAAGCCUCUACACAAAAACGACUUAUCGUUUACGAUAGCUCAGCCAAUCAGACAGCAGAAUGUGUAUUAGAAUACCAGUAGAAUUCUGCGCAAGAAAUAAGCUGCUAUGCAGAUUACUCGACGUGGGCUGGGGCGGAGAGAGUAGGGGAGCGGAUACAUUACGGAAGGCGGAAGAAAUGUGUGGAAAUUUGUAACAUUGUUAACAUUUUGCAGUCGGAAAAACCACUAAUUCUAAGAGAUUGGAAGCCCUCAGGGAGGGUCGGGGACUAGGAGCAAAAGUUUAAGGAAGGGAGAAGUUUAAUUAGGUUUUGAAAUUUAUAAUUUUAUUUCUCGUGAAAUUCUCGGACUAUAAAUGUGUAUAUGGUAAAUUACAAUUCACUUUGAGCUUCAUGAAAUUAUACAACUGUAUUGUAUUAAAAAUAACAUUAUUUAGAGAGGAAGCCAAAUCAUCAGCCUUAGCUUGUUUUCAUGCGGUUCCUCUAUCCUAGUCGAAUCGGAAUUUGGAGAUGUUGCUUUUUGUGGAGGAGGAAAAACCGGAGAACCCGGAUAAAAACCCCUGAGGCAAGGCGAGAACCAAUAACAAACUCAACUCACAUAUGACACAGUAAUUGAACCUGCGCCAUGUUAGUGGGAGGCAAGCGCUCUCACCACUGCGCCCUCCCUGCUCCGCGGGGAACAUUGUAGAGUGGUUUUCUAAUUGGUUGUUUUAAAACCAGGGUAAUUACUCUGGCCAAUCACAAAGGACUCAGUCAUUUCCAAGCAAAUGCAUGUAGCUGGCUCGAAGUUUGCGAGCGGGUCACGAUUGCUUGUGGUUUUACUGGUGAUUGGAUGACUAUGUGGUAGGAAUGCCAACUCUAAGCAAAGGCGAGUUACUUUCGACACUCAAGUGAAUUCCUCUCUAUCGACAAUGGUUCAAUGUUUAACCAAUUCAGUAAAUACGGGGUUUAAAUUUCGCUUAAGUACAGUGACUACCUCACUGUCUCAUUUUCAAACAAUAACGUUCAACUGUUCUUUACUCAUUUAGAUUGAAGGUUUAGUAGGAAAAGUUGAGACACGGUGGUUAGGGCGGGUUCGGUCCGGGUUCGAGCCCUGGCCGGGGACAUUGCAUUGUGUUCUUGAGCAAGACACUUUACUCUCACAGUGCCUCUCUCCACCCAGGUGUAUAAAUGAUACCGGCAAAUGUAAUGCCGGAGGGUAACCCUGCGAUGGACAAGCAUCCCAUCCGGCUGGGGGACGUGAGAAAUACUCCUAGUCGCUUCAUGCUACUGAAACCGGAGAUAAGCGCCGGUCUGAUGGGCCACGUGGCUCUAUGCAGACUUAGCCCUGUUUUAGUAGGAAAAUGUAAUGAAAAAUAUCUAUUUAACAUAUACGUAUUAGAGUAUAUAUAACAUGUUAUUACACUGACAUGGAGUAACGUGAACAAUAGAUUCUGUUAUCCACAAAAGUACCACGAAUAGAAGUUGUGGAGAAUUGAGCGCAGUCACAGUUCCACUGCAGUUAAUGGUGUUUUUAUGAACACAUAAGCUCCUGACAUAAUGCCCAUUGACGGUGAGCGAUCUAAUGUUUUAUACACUUUAAUUCAUAUAAACUGAUAAAUGAGAGCAGCACUUUGAUAAAUUGUUGUGCAGCCUCAGUGGGUAAUAACAUAGCCGAAAAAAUACUCGGUUGUGUUCUUAGUUUGAAAGACGAAUCAUUGUUCCACGUCAGGAGUGUCCGCGUCAUGUGCCUCGGUUUUUUCUUUUGUUUUGUUUUGUUUUUGUUUUUUGAGUUUAUUUAUUCUUUCUAUCAGUUCCAUUAUUUACAAUCUAGUAAUUAUCUAUUUAACAUUCAUCUACUUACCAUAAACUAUACAGUGAACAAUCUAUAAUCUACUUUUAGAUAUGCCUCGUUGCUGGCUUGAUAAAGAGAAACAAUGCAAAUAACCACGGUGAUGCUAAACUUGGAUCCAAGAGGGCUCCAUUUCCAGUGUUCUGCGCACUCAGAUCCCUUCAAAUACCCCUACCCCCUCCGAGGAGUUUUUGAGUUCCCCCCUACCCACAGGUUUAAGUGUCUUUUAUCGCUUUUAUUUCCAAGAGUGACUAGAGUGACAAGGUUUGAACUUGAAAGUAACUCACAAAUUUUGUUUUGGCAAAAUAAUAAAAAGCAAAAAGUACUGGUUUAAAGUAAGGCAAAAAUAUUUAAAUAGCUUCCUUUAAAUGGUCACACUAUGGGUUCAUCCACUAACUAAAAUGUGACGUGACAAAUCA